GUGGUGGCUGCUCGAAACUUCUCGAUUAUAGAACAAGACUGCGGGGCGGGGCGGGUUUUGUGGUGGAAGCUUCGCGAGCCAUGACUCAAAGUCUCAAAAGGCGGCCGAUAGCAGCCGGUGCCACCCAAGCUUCUAGACCGGCUCAACCACGACCUCUUCCCCAAGCGCAACGUACCCAACAUCACGUCCUUCUUCCCCUCGCGAUAUCGGCGGCUCCUUUAUCUCGACCCAAUCCUCAGAUUCCGAGUUGAUUGGACACCAUACAUAGUGUUUUUAGCCCUCUGCAGCUGGCAGCCCGGCAGUGGGAGCAAUUGGCGCAGAAGAGUGAAGGGCGAGGAGUGGCAAAGAGAAGGGAAAAAAGAACGAAUUGCUGGCGAUAGGGAACCCUGCAACCCACCCCCCCUUGAAGAUGGACGGAGUCGGCAUCGACCACUUCCACCACCAACACCAGCACCUCAACAAAGGUCCCUUUUCAAGCCAACAAUUACCAUUACACCCCCCGCGCAAACGCAAGGCCGAAACGGCCCCGGAGAACAAUGAGCGCCUUUCCAAACGGCUGAGUUUGUUAAACCUCGGUAUGCUGCGGCCCGUCCAAUCGCGGGGAUCCCCAUCCGUUCCACUCCAACUCCGCCAGCCAGUUAACACGGCAUCAGAACAAUCCGGCCAAAAGCUCUACGUCCCAGUCGAGAACCCCAUUUCCCAGUCUUCACAACCUCCAACCAGCAGCACCACCACCACCACCACCGCACAUCCGAAGAAACCCCACACCAGGAACCCCCCCACCGACGACAGCCAGAUGCAACUCGACAACACGGCGCACAAAGUCUACAUCUACAACCUCGACGACGAGCUCUCCUCCUCCGACAACGACGAGGACAGCGACCACGAGGGCAGGCUGGUCUUCCUGCCGGACAUCGAGAAGCACCUGCGCAACAGCCGCAUCCCGAGCCACGUGCUGGACCCGCGGCCCGGCGCCGCGGCGGCGGCGGCGGCCGAGCUCGCCGGCAAGCAGCUGGUGCUGUACCGCGUGCCGACCUCCCUCUCCGUGCCCGAGGAGCGGGACAGCGUCCGCAAGGCGAUUAUUGAGGCCCGCGAGCGGGCGCGGGAGAGGCAGCGGGUUGAGCGCGAGCGGCGGGGUGGGGUGGAUGGGCAGGUGCCGGUGCCGGUGCUGGUGAUGACGGGGUCGUCGUUGUCGUCGCCGUCGUCGGUGGGGGGGGAUGUGCCGAUGGAUGCUGAGCCGUUGCCGCGGCUGGAAGAGGAUGAUGACCCGGAUGCCAUGGAACUCGAUUAGCGAGGCGUUGGGAAAGGGGGUUGGUUCAUGCUCGGAUGACUUGCGCGACACGCAUGUGCCGGCGGCGCACUUUGGAAUUGGUUGCUUUUAGCGUGGCGUUACGGUCAGGAUUUACAUAUUGCUUGAGGAGUUGAUUUUAUUCCAUUCCGUUCUAGGAUUAUUCAACCAUUUUUUAGGUCGUCUGUGUUGU